AUGUGAACUUUAAACUUAGAUAAAUAUAUAAGGUUUGUAUACAUUAUUUGACGGAUACAGGUAUAACAGGACGGAAGACUAGAGAGUCAUGGCAUUGGUUCCAGUCGAAAUUUUUAGUUCUCCAUUUCUAGCACUGUUUGGUGUUAUUGUAGUUUCCUACCUGGUCAUAUCACUGAUUCGGUUCAAAAAGAAACGUCAGUUUUAUGAUAAUCUUCCAGGUCCAGAGGAUUUUAGCUGGCUGCAUGGUAAUUUGCAUACGUACCCUAAAGGCUCCGAGGAACGUUUACGUCGCCAUUAUGAGAACAUAUGUAAAUGGCCGAAGUUGCAUAGAAUAUGGCAUGGAGGGUUUUUGCCACAUGUUCUGCUUUACCAUCCAGAUACAAUUAAAGUUAUUCUUAAAACGUCAGAGCCCAAACCACGUGGCAUUGGUGGAGUAUACGAGUACGCUAUUCCAUGGUUAGGUGAAGGACUACUUAUAAGUGAUGGUGACAGAUGGGCGAGAUCUCGACGUUUACUUACUCCUGCAUUUCAUUUUGAAAUUCUUAAACCUUAUGUUAAAGUAUACAACGAUUGUGCUGACAUUCUUGUGAAUAAAAUAUCUAAAUGUGCUGAAUCUGGUGUGAGUUUUGAAGCUUUUGAAAAUGUCAGUUUAUGUACAUUGGAUAUAAUUCUGAGAUGUGCUUUCUCUUACGAAAAUGAUUGCCAAACUAGAGGGGAGUCACAUCCGUAUGUCAAGGCCGUGAAUGAGUUGGCUCAGCUAUGGUUAGAGAGGGCUAGAUCUCCAUGGUUACAUUUUGAUUUCGUAUAUUAUCUUACAUCAAAUGGUCAAACAUUUAAGAAGCAUUGUGACUAUGUGCAUAAAGUAACAGAAGAUAUUAUAGACAGUCGUAAAAACGUUUUAAAACAAGAACAAAAUUUAAAUCUUGACAGAAAAAGAUAUCUGGAUUUCUUAGAUAUUUUGCUAUCAGCCAAAGAUGAAGAAGGCGUUGGACUGACACCCCUUGAGAUCAGAAACGAGGCAGAUACAUUCUUAUUUGAAGGACACGACACAACUUCUAGUGGGAUAUCUUGGGCGUUGUAUUCCCUUGCUGAACACCAAGAGUAUCAAAAGUUAGCACAGAACGAAAUAGAUAGUAUAAUGAAAGACAAAGAUACAAAUAGUUUUGAGUGGGAUGAUUUAUCCAAGAUGGAUUAUUUAGGACGUUGCAUAAAAGAAGCUUUAAGACUGCAUUCUCCAGUUCCAUUUAUCAUGAGAAAAAUAACAAAAGACGUUGAGAUAGAUGGCACCACGUUUCCUGCUGGUUCCCGGUUCACUCUUCAUCUUUACAACCUUCACCACAAUCCACACGUAUGGGAAGAUCCUAUGGAAUUCAACCCAGACAGAUUUCUACCUGAAAAUCUAAAAAACAAACACUCUUUUGCCUUUACUCCAUUUUCUGCUGGACCAAGAAAUUGUAUAGGACAGCACUUUGCAGUUAAUGAGGAAAAGGUGGUGAUCGCUAACAUUUUACGGAAAUUUCAUCUGUCACUGGAUCCCAAUCAUAAAGUCAUGAAGAAAAUUUCUGCAGUCAUGAGAUCUGAAAAUGGAAUUCGACUGUUAGCAACACCUAGAAAUGUAGCUGAAUAAAACUGAAAUUAACUAGUAUGAUCUUAUCAUGCAAUAUUUGCUCUACAGGAAAUGAGUUUUGUUUUGAUAAAAUACAGUGUCUGUUUGUU